AAUUUCAUCAUAGAGGAUGGUUUGGGGUAUUUUUGAGGUCCUCUUAGUAAUUUGAGUUUUUCUCCAUGAAGAAAUGGCUUUUGGAUUGCACGGAAGGUGUUAUUCGUAAUCAGCUCGUUAAGCUGAAGCUGAAUAUGUAUAAUAAUGCCAAAAAAAAUUUCACUUGAAGUUUGCAUUACGUGCAUCUUACUAUGAGUUCAAAAAUAAUAUUGGAUUUUUCUUACUGUUUUUAGAUCAGUUUACAUGACCUACAAUUCUACAAUGAAAAAUCUUUAUAAUAUUGAAACAUAUCGGUUUACGUUACCCCGUGAUAUGUUCUACACAGAUAAUACUGGUUUUUGUGUUCCAUCCAACAGUUGUUUACCAGAUGGUUUAUUUACAAUGAGUGUUUGUGAAAAAUUACGUACUGGUCCAGUUGAAAUUGAUUUACCAGUGGUUGCAUCAAAUCCACAUUUUCUAUAUGCUGAUCAAGCGGUUCAAGCAUCUGUUAUCGGUCUACAACCAGAUGACACUUCACAUCUGAGUUAUGUUGAUAUCGAGCCAAUGACUGGACUUAUUAUGAAUGGAUCACGACGAAUUCAGUUUAAUAUGAAAGUCUUGAAUGAUUCUGCAAUUAAACCUGCAGCCCAUCUUACUGAAAUGGUUUACCCAAUGCUUUGGGUCUCAGAACACGCUGAAAUUGAUUCAACUAAUGCAAAAAUUUUUCAUAAAAAAGUUAUUGUACCUUUAAGAACGCUAACAACAGUGAAAUAUGUUCUACUGGGUAUCGGUAUUCUUAUGAUAUUUGCCAUGUUUAUCGUACUGGCAUACGAUCGAUGUCGAGUACGUUGA